AGAAAUCAGAAUCCUCUGCUCAAAAACUGAAAGCGAUUUCUCUCACUUUUCAUCUCCAUUCUUAUUCCAAUCCAACGAAUUAAACAAAGAAAAAAAAGGGUUAUUCCGAUUAUUCGAUUCCGUUGCCCUUCAAUUUCCUUCUCGAUUAUCCAUCUCCGCCAUCGAUUACGGUGGUUGUUCGUCGUCCGUGCGUCGGUCGUUUCUCUGGAUCGUAUAAUUAUAUUCCGUUUUUUGUUUUUGUUAUCUUUUUGGUUCUUCUGUUGCUUUCCCCAAGGGAAGAAGACGAAGUGGAAGCAUUUGCGGAAGAUGUUGUGUAGGAUCGUGACAGUGUCGAGUAGGAAAAAGAUUGGUGCGGUUCCGGUUUAUCUGAAUGUUUAUGAUUUAACGCCGAUUAAUGGAUAUGCUUAUUGGCUCGGCCUCGGUGUCUACCAUUCCGGCGUUCAAGUUCAUGGAAUUGAAUAUGCGUUUGGAGCACACGAGCAGGCGACGACGGGGAUAUUCGAAGUGGAACCAAAGCAGUGCCCUGGAUUCACAUACAGAAAAUCAAUUUUGAUCGGAAGAACGAAUCUCAGUCCCAAAGAGAUCCGAUCGUUCAUGGAGAAACUGGCCGAACAAUAUUCAGGAAACACCUAUCAUCUCAUCACCAAGAACUGUAACCAUUUCUGCAACGACGUCUGUCUCAGAUUGACGGGGAAACCAAUCCCUAGAUGGGUGAAUCGACUCGCCAGACUCGGCUUUUUAUGCAACUGUGUUCUUCCUGUGGGAUUGAAUGAGAUGAAGGUUCGUCAAGUGAAACCAGAGAACAGAGAGAAGAAGAAACUGAGAAGCCAAUCGAGUAGGUUUACAUCUGCUUCAAAUUCAGCAGCGGCAAUUCCUCCUCCUCCUCCAUUGUCUUCAAAAUCUUCAAAUUCCAUAGUAAGAACAAGAAAACAAAGACAUUCUCCUCCUCCACCUUCUUCUUCCCUCUUGAUUUCUUCCUCAACCUCCACCUUCAUGUUGAAGCUGUAGUGUAUCAUCAAUCGCGUAUGUCUUUGGAAUUGGAUUCCCAAAAUUUCUACAGUUUUCUAAUUUUUUUUUAAAUGGGUAUAUAUUAUAUAUAUUCAGUC